AACCCAAGUCUAUGCAGUGUAAGAAUUAGAAACGUUUUGUGGUCUUAUUGACACAGAAGAAAUAUGCCGUUCGUAUAUUACAUGCAUCUCGAAACCUGUCUUGAAGCUGAACUUUGAUACCAAACUUCCCAGGUAGAUAAAGGCCGUAAACCCUAACCAUGACCUGAUAUUCAUUCUUCGUUUAGUUAUGAUUAGAGGGAUUAUCCGACUGCAAAGCGUAAAACAACUUGUUGCGUCCCCACAGUGCUUUACAAGCCGACAUUAUUCAUCAAGCCAACAAAACAGCAAAACAGCAAUGGAGAGAAAGAAAACAUUGUAUUAUCCACUGUUGCCUAAUCUUCCUGAAAAGCUUCAUACUUCAAAUGGUGUUUACAUAAUUGAUAUCCCAACAGACUCCCAAUUGGUCGAGGCGUAUGAUCUGUUCCAGACCACGAUUGAUAGGGAUGAUGGCUAUGGCGUAGACGACUACCCAAACCUUGAAUUUUUUAUCAACUACAUGAGUCACGACUCGGUUGUGCCGUUUGUCCUAUACCAACAGCCAGAGAAAAAGGUGGUUGUUUUUUUCAAUACCUGUCCCAGCCGUUUCUGCAGAGGCGUCAAUCCUGUUUACUGUGGAGGAAACACAGUGUUUCAUGAUUCUGUGAAACGACAUGGAUUAUAUCAUAAGAUUAUUUCAGAGAUUUUCUGGAAGUACGCAGGGCUUCUUGGUUAUGAAGGGUUCCUAGGAGAGACGUUUGUAAACAAUAAAAAGGUCUUACACACGAUUUUAGAUCGUCACAAUUGGAAGCUGCUCGGAGAACUACCUAAAAUAUCAAAGCUGAAGCACUCAGGCUGGGUGAACAGCUUUGCUGUUGUAAAAUUGUUCAAGGAUAUUGAUGAAAAAAUGAAUGCCGAAUAUAGAGUUUCUAAGGUGAUAGUGCCAGAUCCAGAUAUAUCUCAGAUCACGUUGAACAACCACACCAAGAAAAUAGACAACCUACCUCGCCAAUGCAUCACUCACAACGGAGCUCAACUUAUGGUUGACUAUGCAACUGAAGAAGACAUUGAACCUAUUUAUGAUAUGUUUGUUAAAGCACAAAAUGAAGGUGAUGGUUAUGCGAUAGAUGAAUAUCCAACGUUCAACCAUUUUGUGUACAAGCUUAGAAAGGGCCAUUUAUUUAGCAUGAAGGUGAAGGGACAUUUAGUUGGAUCGAUGGCUGUCAUUCCCUGUAGGUUUGUCCGUUCAGCAUUUCCUAACAUAGGAGCGGGGCCAAUGCUCGUGGACAAGCAGUACAGAGGAAAGGGGAAUUUCAGUAAGCUGUUACUUCUCCAUGCUUUAUUUUGCAAGGAGUUGGGCUAUGAAGGUUCUAUGGGUGACACAUUUGCAACAAGUAAGUCAGUGUUGAAUGUUGCCGGUGGUCUUAAAAGUGAUACAGGCUCAGAGAUUCUUGCUAGGAUACCACGUACUGGUUAUAUUGCUAAUAAAGGAUGGACAGAUUCAUAUAUUAUGUACAGGGACCUAAGUGACCUCCCCCUGGAAUUUAUGAAUAAACAUAUUCCUAGUUUAUUACCGAAUGGUAAGACGUCAAAGCUGUGA